CUUCAGAAUGCCAUUUUGACAUGGCAACCCCCGAACUUCCUGUUUGUUUUGUCAGUGUUUUUGAUAAUAACAACGGUCGACCACGAAAUAAAUCGGAAGGAAAGGAGGAAGAACGUGGCCCCGUCUUACGGUUAAUCACGUUCGCCCGUAAGAUGAAGCCCGUGCUGUUUCUGUGAUUGUGCCGCUGUUCUACAAGCUGUAGGCAGUGAAUAGUAGACAAGAUGGUGGAGCUGCACUUCUAAGUACGUGUUGCUUAGUAACGGUGUUAAAACCUCGCACGUUUUGAUGUAGCCGGCUAUGCACACACGGUUCCCGUUGCAGUGCAUCCAUAUAAAUAGUAGAAGUAAUUGCACUGUUUUUUGGUUUCGCAGGUAACAUUUUUUUUGCGACGCUUCGGCGCAUCUUGAUGACGCAACUGCCGGCUUAAUGGAGAUCCUACUGUGCAGAGAUAAACAGUAUGAAAUGUGGUGAUUUCAGACCAAUUUGAUAUUAAUUUGAAUAGAGCUGUGCGUAAGCUGUUUUGGUUUUAUAUGUAUAGAUGAAAUAACACAUGCUUUUUUGAUUAAUCGGGGCAUUCGUCAAGUAUAUCAAUGCAACAUAACGGUACGGUAGUAAAUACAAAAUAGUCUUUUGUUUAUGGACAGUGAAUACGUGACGUAUAAAUCAGUUUUUAUUGGUAUAUUUUCCAGCUUAGUGAAUUAUUUAAUUGAGAGAAAUGCAAUGUUAUUUUGCAAGAAAAAAUAGAGCACUGAUUGAACAAGUAUUAUUGUCGUCCUUUUCCAGCCACAUACGUCCUGUGCUGUGGUAUUAAAUCGUGUCAGGUCAUGACGUUCUACUGAAUGGUAUAUUUAUGUAUUAAAAAAUUGCCCCCCCCCCCCCCCCCCCCUGCACUGUGAAGCUAAGUUACGUCGCAUGUACUUGGAAAUAUUCCAAACUGCAUCAAUGAUCUGGGACCAUUAGCAAUGCACAGAGGUUUAAUAAGUGUUUAAAAUGUAGAACUACAGUACCAGUAUAUAAACGUGCUAACUGAACACACGUGCUUUCUGCAUAGUUAGUGUCUUUGCGAUUAUAGACUUAUCUCAUUGUUAUGGCUGAACCACGGAGGGUGCAGUUGACCACGCUCUCUGGCAGUGAAACCUGCCUUCCCACAAGUUUACUGAAGAAACCACAGAAUGAAGGAGCAGUCGUUACCCCUGUGGACCCAGAAAGGACUGACAGAGACCCAACGGCACGGCUGGUACUCGCUCUCUUUCAACCAGACCAAAGACACUGUCCAGAAUUUAACUAUCCUGAACUGGUAAAGAAAACAAAGAAGGAUUCUGUGAACGAAUCUCAGGAACCUUUUGAGGAAGAUGAAGACGAGGGGAAACAGAGACUGGAGCUUGAAGUGCUUGCUAAGAAGUUUGAAGAAAGAUACGGCCCGAAGAAGCGUAAAAAGGACCGUAUGCAGGACUUAAUUGAUAUGGGCUAUGGAUAUGAUGACACAGAUCCAUUUAUUGACAACUCAGAGGCUUAUGAUGAGCUUGUGCCGGCUUCACUCACAACAAAAUACGGGGGAUUUUACAUCAAUUCUGGAACGCUGCAAUUCAGGCAGGCAUCAGACUCUGAACCAGACGACGGUUUAACCAAGGAGAAAAAGAGGCUGAAGUCUCCAAAGAAACGAAAAUUAAAGGAUGGAAGUGAAAAGGUCAUGAAAAAGAAGAAAGAAGAGGGUCAUCAUAAAAAAUCCCAGAUUGCUAAAGAUGGAAUGAUGCCACUUAAUCCCAGUAAGGAAGAAAAGAAGAAAAAUAAAAAGUUCACUGGAGUGCUGAGUGUGAAAGAAAUGUUGCAGAAGUUCCAGAAGGAGAAGGAAGCCUUUGAAAAGGAGGAUGGGAAGCCUCUGUCCAGCCUCCAGCCUGUGGCUGUGCCGGCUCGGGCGGUGGACAGCAGCCUCAGUGUGUCUGAUCCUCUGCUCUCUCUUAUUGGCUGUGCUAACGAAAGUGAUCUCCUGCAUGCAGCUAGCACUAUCGACUUGGGUGACAUCGAUCUGGAGAAGCUUCUUUAUGACUCUCCAGCUGCAAGCCCCCUUGACCUGGACGAGGGUAGCGACCCUCUCGCAGGAGGUCCGGGUCAGGUUCUCAAACAGAGCCCUGUGCUGCCUGAAGGUUUGCCAGGCCCUUUGGAGAGGCGCAUCAAAGAACUCACUCAGGCUGCCAAAGCAUCUGAGGGAGAGGGAAAACAGAAGUUUUUUACGCAAGAAAUCAACAAUAUGCUUUUAGAUGUUGAGCUUCAGUCCAGAGAAUUGCAUAACCUGACACGUUCUGCCGUUUAUGCACAUCUGGCCUCUUUUCUUCCCUGCAGUAAGGACACUCUAAUAAAAAGGGCAAAGAAGUUGCAUUUACAUGAGCAGGACGGGCGUCUUAAAGAACCACUGCACAAACUAAAAGCAGCUAUUGGUAGAGUCAUGCCCGGCCAGAGCGCCAAGUACCAAGACGACUGCCAAGCGCACACCCAGGCAAAGUUUGCCAAAAUGCUGGAAGAAGGGAAAGAGAAGGAACGCUCUGAUGAGGAGGAGGAGGAGGAGGGGGAUGAAGAGAAGAGUGGGAAGCGGGUGAUGAGUCCUCGGAAGAAGUUCCAGUGGAACGACGAGAUCAGGGAAUUUCUUUGCAACGUUGUAAGAAUAAAAAUGGGCAGUUAUGAGCUGGAGAGGAACAAGUCCCAAUCUGCAGAAGAAUAUCUAAAGGCUUUCCUGGAAGCAGAGGUCAAGCCACUGUGGCCUAAGGGGUGGAUGCAGGCAAGGAUGCUGUUUAAGGAAAGCAGGCGGGUACAUAGCUACAUCACUUCCAUACCGACCAAAAAGAAGGUCAUCAAUCCCUCAAAAAUAAAAAUGAAGGAUCCAUUUGUGAAACUAAUGGGUUCGAUGAGCACCUCACAGCUGCAUUCGGGAGGCCCAGCAGUCCUGGCACAGGGCCCUGGUAGUAAUGCACUGAGCCCCGUGGGUUUCUUUGUACCAGCCAGCACCACUGCACACAGCUCCAGCAUCCCCAGCGCCCCGCACUCCUUCACUAGGGAUGAUUCUCUGGAUGAAGAUUUGAUCCACAACCCUCCGUCGCUGGAAGGCGUUUCUGAGGAACUGGCUGCCCUGAACAGCGCUGCAAGGGGAAGUCCUGAUUUUUGUUUCUCUGCUGUCCAUAAACCAACUUCUGCCAGCCUGCCAGUAUUAACAUCAUCUGAUGAGAAGAAGAAUUUUCCCAAACCAGUUCAUGCCACAUCUGUCGCUACUUCUGCUGCAUCAUCACAAUCGCCCCUAAAUCUUUUAGCAGAACAGGCAUUAGCGCUUGGACAGCUUUCACAAGAGAGGAAAUCUCAAAACUGUUCCACUGCUGUUUUGACUGGAUACAAAGGGCUUCUGUCGCAGACUUCUACAUGUAACAAAGUCCUCUCUGACAGUCUGCAGACCAAGCACAAGAACCUCAGCUUACUGCGAACAACUUCCAGCUCUGUGCAGAGCCCCAAGCCUUUUCACCAGACAAGCCAAUCACAGAAAAGCUUUCCUUCGUCCACUCAGUUCAACAUCAGCCAACUGCAAAGCUCGUCUCAGUCUAAAGCAUCGAAGCUGCUUCAGCAGUGUGCCAGCAUGCAACAGUCAAAAACAGCUGCAAAGACACAGACUUUUCAUCCUCCCCAUUCAUCUCUACCCAGUGCUGUUCAAGCUUCCCCUGUUACUAUGUCUAAAAUUCUUUCUUCUACAGGAUCUUCUGUCAGUUAUAUGUCCAGCACUUCCAGCCAGAUGUACAAGCCGAAUUUUUCAUUGCCUGCAAUGACAAAGUCCAGUGUUCUUUCAAGUAGCUCAGCACACAAUGCCCCUGUCAGCACUGGCGUUUUAAUCAAUAGGAAGUCGCCUUCUCCAAACCAAACCUCCAGCUUGCAGUCUCAAAGCUCCACCGUUAAGAAGCCCGUGGUUUCUCAGAAACUCACCCUGGUUGCUCCUCCGGGAGGUACCAACGGAGACUCUACUAUGGGCACACAAGGUGUGGCAAGGCUUUUGACAUCGUCCCUCAAACCAGUAGUGGAUACCAGCUGUUCAGCAUCUGCUCCUGCAAGUUCGACGCUGGCACCUGGAACCCUGAGCAUCUUGCCCGGCAUUGUCCCAGUGCACACCUUCAGCUUCCCCGUCCUCUCGUUCGGCUCAGACUCUAAAGCAGGAGGGACUAAAGAUGCAGUCGUGACGGGGCCUGCGCCAGGGACGUUCCAUCAUGGCCUUGCCCACAGUAUUUUUGCUGGGUUGCACACUAGUGCUCACCACACAACACAGCUCCCACAGCCCACCCAGUCUACCCACUUACAGCAAAGUCUGCAAGAUAGCAGUCAAAUCCAUGGAGAGAGCUCAAAUGCACAGCGAAAACUGCAGUGAUGCUUCUUCCAGAAUGAACACGGAUUCUGGUAACUGUAGCACGAACGAUUACAUUAACGUUUGGAGGGUAUCAUAACCAAAUGGUUUUAUAUGCUCCUGCUUUAAAAUGACUAUCAGCUAACAUUGCAGAAUAUUUUUUUUUUUUCACUUUGUCAACUUAUCUCUCAAAACAGACAGGGGAGUAAACGUGAGCCUUGUUCUUACUGUAGGAAAUACUAGACAAAGAUACGCAGUCAAAAUACUAAAACUGUUGUGCUUUUUAAAAUGUUCUCUAUGUAUAAGGACCAAGAUAUUGUAAGGCUGCUUCUAAUGAGAUUAAAUUGAUCAAUAACCUUUGAAGAUCUAUAAUAAAUUAAGUGUCAGAUAGUUUAAGAGAAUAAUAUCUGGUGUUUCGCGGUACAGCUAUGGUCACAAGUUUAGCAUCACCCUAUAGAAUUAACUCUUGUGUUUUCAUAAAUUCGAAUGAGUCCUGCUGAAUAAUAUUAUGUUCACAUAAUGAAUUACAUGCCGCUUUGUAGUUUUCUGUAUAUAAUGGAAAACUGACAAUUAAAUACUGUACUACUAUUAUAGCUUCAGUAGACUUUUGCAAUGUCAUCUUGUACUUUCUUUGAUUACAUGAUAAAUAAAAUACCUAAAUUGUCUCAAUCCAAAAAUUCUAGGUGUUGCAAAACUUUUGGCCAUAGCAGUACCCUAUUCCCAUGAACAUAGAGCAGGGUACCCACAUACAAAGGUCCCUAAGAUAGUGAUUAAGAUGUAUGGGCAAAGGCAUAAACCUAACAGUGAAAUGGAAUGAAAGUGCUACAGAACACGGUGUACUGUGUCUUUGAGUAAAGAAGCUGCUCUUAUAGAAAGGAGCAGAACGGUGUGAGUGUUUAAAAAAACAAGGUGUGCUCAACCAUUUAGUCUGGGUUUAUCUUUGCACUGUACAAGGGGGAGGAAAGAGUGAACGCACUGAUCUAAAGAGUUGCAGUGAGUUAUGAUUGCUUUGAAGGCAGCAGCAGCCUCUACACGUGUGAGAGGCACUUCUGCUGUUGUAAAAGCUCAGGACUUAAUGAAUCGUUGAUCAUUGUGAGCUAUUUACUUGGCUAUGUGUGUAUAAACAGUUUGUAAAUAAAUGUGAGUGUGAAGAGAUGCCAGUUUGCCAUUGUGAAAUAGCACUUGCAACAGCUACAUUGCAAUGCUAAUGUUUAAUGGCAAAGCUGGGUUUCAGGGACUAUGAAAACUGUUUUGUUAAUCCUGUACAAUGUUAAAUGUUUUGUAUUUUAAAAAAAUAAAUAUAUAAAAAAUUGGACAUAA